AUGAUUCCGUUGCCUUCGCACCAAAACUUUAUCCAACAAAUAAGUCAAAUACGUCGAAAUAAUGUUAAUUAUGAUGUUAUCUUUAUCGUAAACCGGAAACCUAAUACCAAACAAAUGAUCGGCCAUUCUCUCAUUUUGAAAGUUAGAAGUUCUUAUUUUCAAAAAGAAUUUCAACGUAUUGACGAAUGUAACAAACUUGAUACGACAAAUUGUUAUCAACUUAAAUUUCCAGAAUAUACCUUUGAGUUAUUUGACAUCAUUCUAGAGUUUAUCUACGGUAACGAAAUCGAUAUUUCGACCAAGGAUCCGGAAUUCAUUCUAAACUUAAUUAAAGCUGCCAACCGUUUCGAGCUGACGAGUAUGUUUGAGUAUCUUCAAACUUACAUUAUCGAAUCUCAGUCCGGUUGGAUCAACGAAAACAUUUUCAAAUUAAUUCCUGUGGUAUUUGAUAACGAAGAUUUUCCACAACUGCGGACAUCAAUUAUCCGUUUGAUCUGUAAAGAUACGAAAUGGUUUAUCAGCUUUGAUCAAUUUAAUGAGUUGUCUGAAGAAUUCUUGACCAAAUUCUUACAAAUAGAUGAUUUAUCAAUCGAAGAAUUUCAUGUUUGGAAUGCUGUGCUUGAUUGGAUACUUUCAAAGAAUGUGAAUCUCUGUCAAAAGAAAAAAGUAACUCAAUGGUCGGAUCAAGAGGUGAAUUAUUGCAAGGUAUCAUUAAAACCUUUUGUACCGUUUAUCCGGUUCUUUCAAAUAUCUAGUUUUAAAUAUUGGGAUUACAUUCAUGAGUUUGAUAAAGUUUUACCAGAAGGGCUCGUGGAAGAAAUGCUAGAAUAUUAUUUAAAAGGUUCCCUACCAACCCACUUUCCUUUGUUGUCAUUAAGAAACGUUCGAAAGAUCGAUUCGGACUUUAUUUCGUCAAGGCAAGCUGAAAUCAUUUCACUUUGGAUUG